UCUGAUGGGUACAACUAUCUACGUAAAUGGUGCGGCGUUACUUUACCUGUUUUAAGCGGCGCCGUGUUUAUUCGCAUGAGAGCAUCGAUGCUACCACACCAAGACAUGGUCAUGCCGCGGUUAUUCGCGAGAACUAACACACCGCAAAACCCGAUCUUCAGUUUUCGGUCGGUCGCCUUAGUGUUGAGACGUAAUUUACGCAUUUAUGAAUGGUACCUACUGGAGUACUCCCGGGAUAAAUAACAUAAUGGAUGGAUACAAAAAAGGAGAGAAAAGAACUAUUAAAUUCUAUCACAAAAUAGUUUUUUGUAUAAAAGUUUAGUUGCAGCAUUCCGGGAUAUAGUGAACGCGAAGAAAUCCAAAAUAAUAGUAUCGCAAUAGCGGUGUGUAAACAUAAAAUCGAUAUUUUCGGAUCCCUUAGCGGAUUGCUGGGAAGUGUGCAAAUUAAGGCGAAGAGAGGAGCCAGAAAGGAUUGGAUAUGGAUUUUUGCGUGCAAAUCUAGAUGGUGGUUUGAUACCAUUGUAUUGGUCUCUGGAAUAUACCUUUCGGAAUCGAGAAACUAAUAAAAGAAAAAAAGGAAUUUCAUAACAUAGAUGCGCGCAUCUUCCACUCUAGGAGAAGCUGUGGAAGUUGUGUAGUUGUUGGAUGACGAUAAUACACAUUUAGUAGCGCUUUGGAAAAGAAGCAGAACAAACAUCGCAGUGUAUCGUACAAGUGUUUGAAAUUUAAAUUGAUAGAAAUAGUCUGCAGAAGUGGUCUAAUUUGUAUUGUAUGUAUAUAAAUAAAUAUAGCAAGCGAAGUUGAGAUAAGCAACUAGCAAGCAAAAAUUGUAUUUAGUGUUUGUGUAGAGCAUACCGGGUGUUUGCGUUUACCUUUUCGCCUGGCAUGAUGUUGUAUAAAGAAGAAAUCAUUUUCACGGAGUAAAUAUUCUGAGCUGCUAGCAUUGGGAUAAAACGAAGAAAAGCAACAGCACUAGCAGUGAUGAAAUGAUUCAUAUGUAAGAAGAAACAAGCAGGGAAAAAGUUUUCGUGUGUUUCGAAGAAUCGCUAUUUAUGGUAUUCGUACAUGCAAGCACUUGUCGGGAAAUAAGUGAAUAAUAAUUAGAGAAGGAAGGAAUUCAAAUUAGGCAAUAUCACCUCCAGUGAGUGCAAAGUGUAAUCCAAGCAACAAUGAUGAUGAUAAUUAGCAAAACGAAUCGAAAAAAGUGAUUCUCUGCUUUCGCCUAGAUAAGUGAUAAAGAAGAAACAAAGAUCAAUAGUAGAAUACCAUCACUUUCUCUCCAAUGAGCCAAGCCUGUCGCGAACGCGGAAAACAUCGCCACCAAAUCUUCUGGUAGAGAAAUUCCAAAUGGUCAAACAUUUUUAUGGCGCUGUUAUUAUUUCGAUUCUGCCUUGUGUUUGCGAUAGGAUUACUCUUGCUGAAUGGAUUCGCAAUACUACCAGUGUCUGCAUUCGUUAACGAGGCUGGGCCCGACCGGCUACGGCUCACGGUGUCCCCGCCGGCACACGUGAUAAUAACAGCCACCAAGAACACUCCCGUCUACCUACCAUGUCACGCCGAAGCCGAUGUCGACUCAAACGAUUGGACCGAUUCGGACAUGGACGGGGAUCUGGAUAUGGACGAUGCCGAGUACGAAAACAACGCCAACGAAGAGGUGGACAUACUGAAUCCACCUCACAUUGAACGCCAAGGAUUAUACGAGGACACGCUUGAGCUCCAUCAUCUUGCCCAUGACAAUAUCAACACCAACGGCAAUGACAAUGAUCUGGAAGAAGAGGACGACGAAUACGAGGACGAACAGUCGAGCCGGUAUCGACGUUCGUCUUACGGCCGAGACGAGCUGAUCGAAUACGUAUGGUAUAGGAAUGGAUUGGAAUUUUUUAGUACGGCAUUUCAGAACCAGAACCACAAACAAACGCACAAGGGGUUUCGUCUGUUUCCGAACGGAACGCUGAAGAUACCAUACAAUCGCCAAAUGAGUAACAUCUCUGCCGGCGUGUAUCGAUGCAAGGCAAAUUUGACUCGCCAUGGGAGUGGCUCCAUACUGUCGACUGAAAGUGUUGUUACAAUAGCAUAUUUGGAACGAAACAAUUUACUAAUUUCCGAGAACAACACCAUAAUAGCUAAUACCCAAAGGCCAUUAGUGCUGCAUUGUCCCUUCGAUAGUCAUCCACCGGCGAACAUUACAUGGAUAGUUAAUAAGACUCAAAUAGUCAUUUAUAAUUAUGCAAACGGCCCUCAUGAGAACAGGUUUUAUCAGUUGCACAACGGAAGCUUGCUCAUCUCGGAUAUACGCCCGUCGGACGCUGGACGUUACCGUUGCAAUGCUUCAAAUAACUUUGCGGCGAAAAACCUUCGCAGCUACGGAUAUGUUGUAGCAGUUCAACCACCCAACCAAAAACCUCAAAGUCGAUUACUUCCAAGGAUGCAAACACAAAUCCUCAACGUUCGUAUCGGUGCCACCUUGAAACUAAACUGUGCUGGAGAAAACGGUCGUCCCCGGUGGACGUUUACUCCUCGUCAAAGUAAAAUACCGAUAAAUCUGGAUAAUUUUACGUAUCAGCUUCUCUUCACCAACGUUUCCGUCGACAAGCACGAAGGAAUCUACAAUUGCUCUCUCGGUGCUGAUUCUCAGUUGUACAAUGUUACGAUUCUGGUGCCACCAAUGUUCCUUAAUAAUAUGACCUCAUACACAUCCUCGGUUGUCGCUUCCAUGUCAUUCAAUUGUAGCGCUAGUGGAAAUCCUCCUCCCAAGAUUACGUGGUUCAAAAAUGGCCGCGAAAUCAAGAAUAGCUAUAUUGUCCAUUACAACUAUCCAAUUCUGCGGAUCAAUACAAUCGAUCCGGAAGAUGAAGGACUUUACCAAUGUAUUGCCAAAAACGAAGCAGGAGAAGCUAGCGUUUCGAUGUAUCUUUCGAUAAGAGACAAAGACCGGUAUCGGCGCUUAUCGCGGCGACCCGAAAGCAUCCAGUGUUUUCCAGUUGAUACCACCAGUUUGUACGUACGCUUCGAGCGUGGAUUGCAGCACGUUAACACGGACUAUGCCAUGUACUACCUCGCAUCGGGUAAUCCCUACAGCUGGUUCAGUUCCCCUCCGACGCAGUUGCUUACCAACAAUAGUCUCAAGAUCACCGGGCCCAUGGUAGUCCCAUUCCGAAACUAUACCGUUUAUCUGCGAACGUGCUCGGUGACCAGUGUUCCUGAUUCGGAGAACACGGGACCUGCUGGCAAGAAACAGGUCAUCCCAUCGAAGCUGUCUAAAGGUGUACAGUGUACUUCCCAGGGAGUACCCGUAUUGUCGAUAUUUGUCUCCAACGGAAUCUUCAUCUGGUGGCCCCGGUUUACUGGUGUUGAACCAACUGCCUACACCAUCCAGCUCAAACACAACGGCUCAUCUGGUCUACCCUUCGACGCUCAUCAAAUCAAUGGAACCGUUCAGAUCCUGGACGACUACAUAACCCAUGAAGAAGUCGAACCUCUCUUGGAAAGCAUCAAUGUCAGCGUAAAGGAAAUCCGUGAAAAUGUACUCGAAGACACGACUGGGAAAAAACGACGCAAACGUCGCCGACGAGCUUUCGACAUGGGACGGAAUCGGAAACAGAUCUUUGAUUCGCUCACCGGCACACCGUUGGAUUUGGAAACGGCUGCCGGUAAUGUUGGGGUAACAGGUCAGGACAAGCACGACAUAAAGUAUCACCAGGUAUUGAUCACGCAAAUCAAGGUUCCCGGCAAUGUUACCGGAAUAUUCAUUCCGAACACCAAAAAUCUCAAUGUGAGUAUACUGGGAUCCGUUGCACCCGACGGAGAACCUAUGCUGCAGGAUCUUCACUACAUUCAAUGGAAAACAAUUGAUUCAUCCAUUCGUCGUCCUGAUGCGGUAAAUCGCUUCCAAACCAAUCACGUGGAUGCACGCAGUGUUCAAUUCACCUGGAGCCGGUUCAUUGCAACCGAUCUCAUGAACAAGUGUCUGACGUUGUGCUAUAAAAAUGUCAACCAUGACGUUUUCAUCAGGGGUGGCUCUAACCGAAUUAAUUGUGUGAACAUACCAAAAGACGCAACACACUACAAUUUAGUGGGUUUACUACCUUUUACAUUAUACAAAACCUUCCUGAAGCCAUGCCAUUCAAAGGAACCAAUCAGUGAUGUGCUGGACUUUCAAACAAAGCAGGAUGUUCCUGGGCCAGUCACUGAUCACGCGUUGACGCGAAAGGAUGGAAUAACGCUCACGUGGGGACCACCGGAAAAUAGGAAUGGCAUGCUCCAGGGAUAUCUAAUUCAGUGGAUCGACAAAGAUAACGUAAACCACUCCGCGAACCUCACUAUUGACGCAAAUCAAUUUCUAUUUCCGAAUGUUUCGACGGAUGAUAAAAUUAAUAUCUCCAUCAUGGCGAUUGGCAGCACUGGAAUCGGCAUUCCGAUCUAUGUGAAUCUACUAAGUCACGUGGAAGUUCCGUUAGAGCCCGAACCUGAAGUGUACAUUCCUUGGGUUGAGAUAGGGAUCGGUUCAUUCACGGUCAUAUGUCUUCUAAUUUUUUGUUGUUUGCUGGCAAUACAUAGAAAAAACUGCAAGAAACCACCUCGAAAUCAAGCCACGACCGUUACAACGGCGGCAUUGCAGAUGCAUUCCGUAAACUGCAAUGCCGACAUUCACGAGAUGCAAACUCUUAUCGGAACAUCAGAGCAACUACCAGUAUUAAUACCAAAUGGAAAAUACAAACAACCUCAACCUCAGAUACCCGUCAAUCAUCAGCAAUCUGUAAACACAUUUGGAAGUGUUCGGAUCCCUCAUGCCAACUCGAAUCCUUCCAAUAACCCUGAAACUCAAAAUGGCAAAUCUCACCUCCUAUCCUCGAACAAAAACGGACUUUUACAACAGACAACCAUUUCUUUCUCAACCAACACCAGUUUACUUCCACUCCAACAACCAGCAGUAUCCUCACACGUUUUAGGUAGCAAUAUAAGUAUACCGUUGAACUCUCUUUUAAAAGCUAGCGAAGUUCCCGACAUGGAACCAGAAUCGAUACCUAACGCCACUAGUAGUAAUAGUAUUUAUCGUAGUACCAAUAGUAGCUAUCACAAUAACGACGGGCACUGUGAGCCAGGUGCUCCAACAGGAGGCUAUAACAUGAGCGGCAGAUGCACACACAUGACUAUGAGUACGGGUGAACCAAAUCAACUGCAACCGAAACAUUCCUAUAGAACAACCACAGCUACUGAUACGACUUCUACUGCACCUACCAUAAUGGCAAUAAGCACUACCACCGCGGAACACGUGCCAAGUUCUGCAGCUACCUCGACGUCGCUCUCGUCUGCCUCGAACUUUUCGACCACAUCGGCCGGUUCGAAUGGCUCGACAAUGUCCUCCUGUUCAGUUCAAUCUCAACAACAACAACAACUGCCGCAGCAGCAGCUACAACAACAUCGCACCGCAAAAUACUGCACCAGCAGCAAUGGCAGCCACGAUCCGGUCAGCCACGGUGCCGAUGCUGCAGCGGUACGGAUUAUAGAUAAUCCACAGUAUUCGAAGAACAAAACAACGCCAGGAGGAUACCACUCUCCAACAGCCGUACUGAACACUUCGCUAUUCGACAGUAGCCAACGUAGAUUAUUAGAUUUAACAAUAGAUAGUAAUAGUAUAGAACCGUACGACGAUGAUGUAACUAACUGUGAUCAAAACGACGAUGCUAACCAAUUGAAUACCUCUACCAACAACCCCCUGAGUGCCGAACAGCACCAACAGCAACAGCUGUCGGUGCGGAUGCGGUUAGCUCCGGCGUCCAGAAGCUAUCCGGACGAGGAAUGCAACAACAACGAGCAGCAGAGAGCCGGCGAUGUGCUGACUAGCUUCCACAGUGACUGCAUUCGGCUGCAACCACAUCGACAGCAAUUGCUCAAUUCAACCGGUCCAUGCAACCACAACGAAUGCGACAUCGUCGAUCCCGAUGACGACGACGAUGAGCACCACCUGGAAGACUUGGACAAUUCUUCGUCGCUGCUGAACGAAAGCAGUAUCAGCACAAAGCCACUGCAUCAACAGCAUACCUCCAGCUGGAAUUUCCGGCGACCCAUAGUCGGACCGAACGGUUAGUUACACCAUCACAGCAGUCGUCGGCAAGAUCAUCAUCAUUCAUCACCACCACCAUCCGAUCGACAGUUUCGAACAUGUGAUCGCCAAUAUCGCAACAAAGUAAGAUGACCCAUAUGCAUGCACUAAUUAUCUAUUCUCAAUCAUACUUUGGCUACAAGGAAUUUAUACGCAAAACAGAGUUGUUUCGGACGCUAUUGAAAGAUGUUUUUAUUUUUUUUAAACUAAAUUAAGAAAUAGUAAGAUUUAGUCGACGGCAAACAGAAUAUUGAUCGAACAAGAGGCUUCUUUUACUAUUGACGUUUGGGGAUAUGUUUAAGGUUAAUAUUUGGUGGAGUCUAUAUCGAAAAUCUACACCAUAUCUUCGCAGCAUACAGUUCUCAGUUUCAAAAUUCCAAAUUUGCUGCUUUUGCUUCACCAAAAUCAGUCAUCUUUCACGAUCAUAAAGGGAGCAAAGUUUGCUGAAACGGGCCGUGUUACAUUUUUUCCCGAAUUCCACACGUUUACCUUGCAAAAUCUACAUUGCUUGUUUGCUCACAGUGAUCUUAAACAAAUUUCACCUAAAAAGCAUUUAUGUUAACUAUAUUUUGAAAUAAAUUAGGACCUCAGCAGCCCGAACCCAAGAACGGUGCGUAGUUGGUGCCGACCGUUUGUUUCAGCAAAAGUUGCUCCUAACGUAAACUCAACGUACCUAAAUGCAAUAGAGGUUAAUUUAUAAGUUAAAAGUUGUUGUGAAUAAAAAGCACUUUAUGUUGAUUGCAUUGCUACACACUGCAGCACUUCGAAUCAUAUGGGAAGUGUGGUUCCAUCCGCUAUGUGCGAUGGCCAAUGAAAGCCGUAAACCCAAAAUGCAUUGCAAACGUUAAUGAAACUAUAAUGAAAACAUUAUAAACUAUAUAUACUAUAUACUGCAGACGUAUUAAUUUAUAGAGCAAAACAAACAAAACCUUUAAGAAAAAGUAAGAAGCAUAAGAUAUAUUACAAUCUGGUACCUGAAACGAACAGUAGGAAGUAAGUUGACCUAUUAAAACUAUAGUACUAAUAAGCAGAUGAAAAUGGGUAAAACUAAUGACAAAAAAAAAACAAAAACAAAAAAAGCAGGCAAUUACUAUACCAGAUAACGCAUAACGAGAAGUUUAUUGUACUUUUUAUUUGCUAUUUGGGUAGUUUCACCUCAAAAUUUAAUUUCAAAACUAAGAAAAUAGUGCUAAAUUAUAGUUUCUAGUUGGAAACCUCUUUUUUGAUACAUUUAACAAAAAGAAACAAUCGAAUCAUUAGCGAGCGAAAAUCUGUAAUUUCAAGCGAUACGUAUUUUGGACAAGGAUAUUGAUACCAGCUAAAUCGAAAAUAUUUUGAGUAUUAGCUUAAGUCUCAUUAAAUUUGAUAGCGUGAAAAGAAAAGAGUCGGAAUCUAAUUUCGAAAAGCUAUCUUAAACACUUAACAAAAAGAAGAAGAAGAAAAACAAACGAGAAAUUGUGAUUGACAUUGUUAAGCAAAACAUGUUUGAGUUGCAUUGAAGAAAACAAAACAGUUGUAAUGAAACGUCAAUGGCAAACAUAGCAAGAUAUAUGUAUGUGUGUGUAUCGUCAUCGUCAUGUUGAGGUGAAUAGAUUUAUAAAACGACUUACUUUCGCUUUGAAACGAUACGACAGCUUGGGUUGAACUUUUUUCCCGGUCCCAGCGAUUUAGAAUCGAUAGUAAACAAACAACAUACAAUUAUUGGCAAUUCGAAGGACAUGUGAUUUGGCAACCGCGCGAUACGAAAAAAAACGAGUAACAAAUGGAACAGGGCUAGGAUCAAAAACUGAACAGGAAGAAAAAACAAUGGCAAAGAAACGUAUAUAACGUGCCUUGCUUGUACAAAUCGACAGAAAAAAAAACUAUAAAUGUAAAAAAACAUAAAUUAAUUUAAAGAAAAACACACAUACACACACAAACGAAAACGAACGCCACUUCUGCCAAUGGUGAUGCUAUUGAGAUGUUUUGUCUUUGCUUUGUUUUACCAUUCAUUAGGUUCAGUUUGUUUUCUUGUUAUGGAAUGAAUUGGGAACACAGUGUUGUACAAUCGCUUUAAAUAUGAUUAGUUUCUGUACGUUAUAACUCAACCUAGUUCCGUUGAUCAACUCGAAAUCGUUUUUAAACUAAGACAAUAGUGCCAUCCAUAGAAUCAGCCGGAAAUGACAACAUUUUGAAUGCUACUAAUACAUACACAUAAACACGUGCAAUAUAAUUAAUAAGCAAAAUAGGUUAUAUUUCAAAAUUGACACAGACUUGCAUUUUCAACGACAGUUUGACCGGAACUCGCUCAAGCAUCUCUUCGAGAUUCUCAUGUAUUUUAGACGGCGUUUCCUGGUUGUCUGAGACCAUUCUGAAUACUUUUUUAUUUUAUUGAUUGAUUGCUAUGUCACUGACAAGUUUACUGCUGCGCAUAGCAAGUCCGUUUCAUACGAAUAUAAAAUUUUCUCUAGAAAAUCAGGAAUACGUUUGAUCAAAGUAUGCUAAUAAAAUUAAAACGCAUUUUAACGGCUUGCUCUGUGUUAGAUGCAUACAUUAUUCCUAAUUUUUCCAUAAUUCACCUGCAUUUUUGCAUACGCUGGUAUUAUUCAAUAAAUAGGAUUACCGGCAGCCUCAAUUCUCAACUGAUCAGCAAUCGCGGAGUAGCAACUACGAGCGAUUAAUCAAGCUCAAGCACAAACGAGCAUAAAGUUGUGUUCUUUGAGAGGGAUCGUCAGAUACGGAGUAGUGCACCUUAUUAUUUUCUUACAACAACUUUCAUAAAACUGCAGCAAGCUACAGCAAAAGCAAAUAAGCAAGUACGGUACAGAUUAUUGGAUCAAUGUGGUGGAAGUAUUGUGAUCGUGCGAUAAUUCAAUCUAAAGAAAUCAUACUUGGUGGUAAUUCAUCAAUGCGUUCCUAAUUCAAGCUGAACAUUGCAUUAGGUCCUAAGCAGGCAUGGAAAAUCAUUUGCAUUAAUUUCGUGCAUUCAUUUACAUUCAUUUGCCCCUAACUUUUUUCAUCAACAGAAUUCCGCAAAAUGAUGUAUGGAGCUUUUGUAGGUUU